GCGACCAACUCGUUUGCAGCGAUACAAUUUCCGCAAGUACCUCCAAACACCCUCUGUUUCCUUCUCUCAGCUCAAUACAGUUAUUCCUGAGAAGUCGCCCAAAAUGAAGAAAGAUCUCGAGAUCGCGGGAUUCUCAAUCCUGCCCAUACGGUUCCCCUCCACCCCGGCAUUCGCAAAACCUGCAACCCAUUAUCUCUAUCUCCGAGCCCACGAGCCUCGCAUCCCAGACGCCGACACCCCGCGCUCCAUGUUCAUCGUCAACGUCCCCGCGGACACGACCGAAACCCAUCUGCGCCACCUCUUCGGCACGCAACUAUCCGCCGGCCGCGUGGAACGGGUCGAAUUCGAAGCCGUCGAAAGCAAGCAAAAGAGCGCCGCCCCGCAAGCCAACAUCAUGAGCAAGAAACGCAAGCGUGUCACGGCCGACGAACUCCAAGCCCAAUUGGACGGUGUCGAGCUCCCCUCCACGUGGGACCGACAGCUCCAGAAGAGCGGCGCUCGCGCCAUCGUCGUCUUUGCGGACAAGCCCAGCAUGGAAGCGAGCCUCAAAGCGGCGCGCAAGGCCGCCAAGAAGGAUACUAAAAUUGUCUGGGGCGAGGGGGUGGAGGAUCGUCUACCUUCUCUUGGACUGCAGCGGUAUCUCAACCAUGAGCAACUGCGGUAUCCGGAUCGGGCGGAGUUGCUGCGCACGGUCAAUGAUUAUAUGACGAUGUUUUCGCAGGUCGCGGAGGCGAGGAAGCGGGAGGAGGCGCGCAAGGCACAGGAGCCGGACGAGGAUGGCUUCAUUACUGUUACGUCUGGGCCGAAGUUGGCUGCAGCAGCUCAUGAGGAUGAGGCUAGGGAGUUGAUCGAGAAGCAGAAGCAGAAGUCGCAGGGCUUGGAGGACUUCUACCGGUUCCAGUCUCGUGAGAAGCGGAAGGAGAAGCAGAACCAGCUGCUUAAGAAGUUUGAUGAUGAUAAGAGGAAGUUGGCGGAUAUGAAGAAGCGGAAGGGGAAGAUUGCGCCCGAGUGAUGCGUUCGUUCCUACGGUUUGGCAUUGGGUCGUUUAGCAUGGCGUUUGGGAGGGUCGUCCAAAAGUGCUUGAUUCGAUAGAGGAUUGGCUGGGGGCUACUGGAUGAUGUACAUCUUCGCUUCUUGUAGACUAUAGAUAUCUAACAUGAAUUAUUAUGCCGG